AUGUCUUUCCGCAAACGCAACGUCGCUGUCUCACGUGCUCCAUCUGUACCCAGUAUAUCACCACCUGAACCACUCCUAGCAGCCAAGGAUGCGUGGCCAAACCCAACAAUACCCGGCGUGCGUCCUUCACCCAUCGACGGUCGUCCUACGACGUCAACAGGUAUUCUAUCACUCGACGCGCUCCUUGCUGGCCACGCAGGCCUCGCGCUAGGUAAUUCGCUGCUCAUCGAAGAGAAUGGCACCACAGACUUUGCAGGGACCUUAUUGAGACUUGUGGCGGCUGAGGGCGUCACGCAAGAGCACAAGGUUAUAGUUGUUGGCGUAGGAGAGUCAUGGGGAAGGGAGCUGCCCGGGUUGGUCGAUGUUUCCGAUGAGAGUGGAAAUUCGAGCAAGAAUAUGGAGAGGAGAGAAGAGGACAAAGAGAGAAUGAAGAUCGCGUGGCGGUAUGAGAGACUAGGAGAAUUCGGGGCUGAGAAGAGCAGAGGCUAG